AUGUCUAUUCAAACUACCGAUGCCUCUGAAACUUCUGAUUCCUUGAAGUCAUUAUCACUAAUUGCUUCCCAUUCGCAUAUCACUGGGUUAGGUUUGGAUGAUAAUCUUCAACCACGUGAAACCUCUGAAGGUAUGGUUGGUCAAAUCAAAGCCCGUAGAGCCGCAGGUAUUAUCCUAAAGAUGGUUCAAAAUGGUACCAUUGCUGGUAGAGCUGUCCUAGUGGCCGGACCUCCUUCCACCGGUAAGACUGCUUUAGCAAUGGGUCUUUCGCAAUCCUUAGGUAAAGAUGUUCCAUUUACUGCCAUUGCAGGUUCUGAAAUAUUUUCACUUGAAUUAAGUAAGACAGAAGCCUUAACUCAAGCCUUUAGAAAAUCUAUUGGUAUUAAGAUUAAAGAAGAAACUGAAUUGAUUGAAGGUGAAGUUGUUGAGAUUCAAAUUGAUAGAUCUAUCACAGGUGGUCAUAAACAAGGUAAAUUGACCAUUAAGACCACUGAUAUGGAGACCAUUUACGAAUUAGGUAACAAGAUGAUUGAUGGCCUAACGAAGGAGAAAGUUCUUGCUGGUGAUGUCAUUUCCAUUGAUAAGGCAAGUGGUAAGAUUACCAAACUUGGUAGAUCAUUUGCCAGAUCUAGAGACUACGAUGCCAUGGGUGCCGAUACCAGAUUUGUUCAAUGUCCAGAAGGUGAAUUACAAAAGAGGAAAACUGUUGUCCAUACUGUGUCAUUACAUGAAAUUGAUGUGAUUAACUCCAGAACGCAAGGUUUCUUGGCUUUAUUUACUGGUGAUACUGGUGAAAUUAGAUCUGAAGUCAGAGAACAAAUAAAUACUAAAGUUGCCGAAUGGAAGGAAGAAGGUAAAGCAGAGAUUGUUCCAGGUGUAUUAUUUAUCGAUGAAGUACACAUGUUAGAUAUUGAAUGUUUCUCCUUUAUCAACAGAGCCUUAGAGGAUGAAUUUGCUCCUAUUGUUAUGAUGGCCACUAACAGAGGUAUCUCUAGAACCAGAGGUACCAAUUAUAAAUCCCCACAUGGUCUUCCAUUAGAUCUCUUGGAUAGAUCCAUUAUCAUUACAACUUCUGGUUAUAACGAACAAGAGAUCAAGACGAUCCUGUCAAUAAGGGCCCAAGAAGAAGAAGUCGAGCUAUCGUCGGAUGCAUUGGACUUAUUAACCAAGACCGGUACUGAGACCAGUCUUCGUUAUAGUGCCAAUUUAAUAUCUGUAUCGCAACAAAUUGCAUUAAAGAGAAAGAGUAAUGUAGUUGAUCCUGUUGAUGUGAAACGUGCUUAUUUGUUGUUCUUAGAUAGUGCUAGAUCUGUGAAAUAUGUCCAAGAGAAUAUUGAUCAAUAUAUUGAUGAUGAAGGUAAAGUAGAAAUUACUUCAAAACCUGUGGAUGAUAGCGCCAUGGAUACCACUGAAUGA